AUGUAUAAGAGAGCUUAUAGCGAAUCAGUAGUUCUAUCAAAGAAUUUAUAUAACAAAGACAGUGUUAAAGAUACACACCAUAAACUAAAAACAAAUGAAAUUAUAGAAAAGACAGAAACAAAACUAGAAAAUGUUGUGGUAAGAAUUAGAAAGUUAGAUAAAAAUGAAAAGUCCACAUUACAUACAGAUCCAAAUGAUAGAACAGCAUUAUAUUUUGAUAAAGACUUUGAAAUAGAAAAAUAUAAUUUCGAUAUAGUUUUUGAUGAAAAUGAUGAUAAUCAAACAAUAUUUAAUAAAAUAGGAGGACAGUUUAUUAUUAAUAAUGUAUGUAAUGGAUUUAAAGAGACCAUAAUUACUUAUGGACAAACUGGAAGUGGUAAAACGUAUACAUUGUUUGGAUCUAAUAAAGAAUAUGGAAUCAUUUAUUAUUUUGUUCAUUAUUUAUACAAAUUAUGUAAUUCAAAAAAUAAAAAUAAAAAAAAAGCUAUUUAUUUAAGUAUUUAUGAAAUUUUGGGAGAUACACUUAUUGAUCUUAUAUCCAACCUCAAUGAAAAAAAUAUAGAAUUCUAUACGGAAGAAUACUAUCUUAAAACUAUAAGAUAUUCUUAUAAAGUUGUUAAUAUUCAAAAUUAUGAUAUAGCAAAAAAAAUCAUUGACAGUGCAUGUCUUUUAAGAAACGUUGAGGCAACAUCUCAAAAUAUGCGAUCAAGUAGGUCUCAUGCAAUAAUCCAAUUUUUCGUGAACAUCUCCGAUUGCACCUUGCACAACGGCAUCGAAACUAUAAAAGAUUAUUACGGUGUUUUAACCUUAGUUGACCUGGUUGGAUGUGAAAGAGAGGAAUUUAAUACAAAUAAAAAUGAACACAGAAAUGAUAAAACAUCUAGCAAAUUUUUAAAUUCCUCCCUUACGUCGCUAAACAAAAUGUUGAGGAAAAUGCAGAUGGGAAAUCUUGAUGAGUCAGAUAAAAGACAAAGCGUUCUUUGCAAAGUUCUUUUUAAUUAUAUCCAGAAAACUUGUGGAGUUUGCUUAAUAUUUUGUUUUAAUCCAAAAAUCAGCCAAAAAAGUCUAACUAGUUCCACUUUAAUUAUGGCUAGCGAUUGCAAAAAAAUAAAAAGCAAAAGAAAACAACUGAUUUAUGUAAAAUCUGAAAACAAGGAGAGUUUUUUCAAAAAAAUAGCUAACGAUGAUUCAUCAAAGAAUGGUAAUAAUAAAGAAAAAGAAAAAAAAUAUGAAGGAUCAAAGUGGGAAAAUUACAAUACGAUAAAGAAGAAUGUAGAAAAUGGGAAAGACAAAGAAGAAGAAAUGGAAAAGAAGCAUGUAGAAAAUAUAAAUAACUUGGUAGAAAUAGAAGAAAAUAAGUAUUUAAGACUUGAAAACAAUUGUGCAAUAUUUCUUAUAUAUUUAAAUGAUGAUAAACAAGAAGAUGUAAUAAACAUUUUAAAUAAGAAAAAAGAUAACGGGAAAUUAAAUUCUUUAAAGAAAAUAUUAUGUGAUAUUAUAAAUGAACAAGUAAAAGAAGAAAAAAAACGAAAAAAUGUGUUAGAACAAUUAAAAAGUGAUAAUUUGAAAUUGAAAAAUGAGAAUGAUUAUUGGAAGAAAGAAGCUUAUAAUUAUCAUAAUAAAUUAAAAAUAUUAAAUAAAAAUUAUUUAAAAAUGAAUGAGUUUCUUUUAAAAACAUUAAAUGCGAGUACAAAUGAUAAUAAUACUUCAUCGGAUUAUACUACAUCAUUAUUUUCGAAGUUGGAUGAGAAAAAAGGAAUAAAUGAUGAAAGACAAAAAAAUCAGACACGAGGAAAAAAUGAUAUGAAUUUGUCUAGCCAUAAUAAUGAUGAUACUAUUAAUAAUGAUAAUGAUGAUAAUAAUGAUGAUAAUAAUGAUGAUAAUAAUAUUGAUAAUAAUGAUAAUAAUAUUGAUAAUAUUCAUAAUAAUAUUGAUAAUAUUCAUAAUAAUAAUAAUUAUUAUUAUAAUAAUCAGGUUGUUAACACAUAUGCGCAACUCAAACAAAAGAAACAACUUGUUCAAAACAAAUCAGCACAUAUUUUGAAUAAUAGUUCAAGUGAUAUAUUAAGAACAAGCGAUAAAGGCAAUUCUCAUAACCCGACAACUUAUUAUAAUGAGGAUCAUUUAUUAUUACAUAAGAAUAAUACACAAUUUAUUGAAGAGAAAAACAAACAAAGAAAAGAAUAUUAUAAAGAAGUAAUAAAUAAUAAAGGAUCAAAUAUUAAUAAAGCGGAUGAUCAAACGAAUAAUCGCAUAGAAGAUAACUUAAGAAAUCACAUACUUAAUAAUAUAAAUAAUGAGAAGAAUUACAUAAAUGAUUAUACAAAUAAUAAAAGUUAUCAAGAGGAAAUUCCUUAUCCCAAUAAAGAAGAUAACAAACAUAGAAGUAACAAAAUGAUGUUACAAAAUAAUAUGAUAAAAGGAGAAAUAUAUAGAAAAAAUAUAUAUGAGAAAUAUAAAGAAAACGGUGUUACAAAUAAUAUGGAAAUUGAAAUGAAAAAUAAAAAAAAAAUAAAUAAUUUGAACUCUCAAAAUAUACAAAGAAAUAAUUCAAUGAAAGAAACUACUAAUAUGUUGUCGAUAGAUAAUAUAAAUAAAAAAUAUUAUGAACAAUAUAAAAACAUUUCUCCUGAGAACAAUACUUGUAUAAUAACAGACAAAUUAAAUUUAUUACAAAAAAAAAAAGACACAACAAAAAAUAUUAUUCACCCUUUAUCGAAUAAUGAUAAUAAAAUGUUAACCAAUAUUACUAUUGAUUCUUUAGCAACAAAAAUAAAAAAUAGAUUGUUGAAAUCAAGAAGUUUAUCAAUAGCUAGAGAGCAUAAAAUAUGA